AUGUUGACACUGUUCUUGUGUCAAUUACUCUCUGUCACUCUCCUUAUCUCUCGGUCUUUCUCACUAUUUAUCUAUCUUUCUAUCUGUCUUCCUUUUUUCCUUUUCUUUUCAAAUCUCUUUCUCAUUCCCUUUGUCGAUCACUAUAAUCCUAACUUGUUUAAUUUCCGUCUUCUUUCUUUCUUUCUUUCUUUCUUUCUUUCUUAUUCAGUUAUUUUUCUUUUUUGUCUACUAAAGUUUUUUAUACUGUCUUUUUCCCUUCUGCCUGAUCGUAUUCUCACGCAAUUCUUUCUUUCUUUCUUCCUUUCUUUCUUUCUUUCUUUUAGCCUCCUUCUUCCUUCCUUCCUUUCUUUCAUUUUUCCUUCCUUUUUCUUUUCUUUUUUUAUCCCCAUGAACUUCUGUUUUUCUUUAUCCUUUCUGUCUCACUCCCUCCCUUCAUCUUCCCUUCAUGUUCCCUUCUUUCCUUUCUAUCUGUCCCCCAUUCUUUCUUUCUCCUUCUUUCUUUCGUUCUUUCUUUCUUUCUUUCUUUCUUCCUUCCUUCCUUCCUUCCUUCCUUCCUUAUUCAGUUAUUUUUCUUUUUUCCUCCUUCUUCCUUCCUUCCUUUCUUUCAUUUUUCCUUCCUUUUUCUUUUCUUUUUUUAUCCCCAUGAACUUCUGUUUUUCUUUAUCCUUUCUGUCUCACUCCCUCCCUUCAUCUUCCAUUCAUCUUCCCUUCUUUCCUUUCUUUCUGUCCCCCAUUCUUUCUUUCUCCUUCUUUCUUUCGUUCUUUCUUUCUUUCUUUCUUUCUUUCUUCCUUCCUUCCUUCCUUCCUUUCUUAUUCAGUUAUUUUUCUUUUUUGUCUCCUAAAGUUUUUUAUACUGUCUUUUUCCCUUCUGCCUGGUCGUAUUCUCACGCAAUUCUUUCUUUUUUUUUUCUUUCUUUCGUUCUUUCUUUCUUUCUUUCUUUCUUUCUUUCUUUCUUUCUUUCUUUUAGGCUCCUUUUUCUUUCUUUUCUUUCAUUUUUCCUUCAUUUUUCUUUUCUUUUUAUCCCCAUGAACUACUGUUUUCCUUUAUCCUUUCUGUCUCACUCCCUCCCUUCAUUUUCCUUUCUUUCCUUUCUUUCUGUACCCCAUUCUUUCCUUCUCCUUCUUUCUUUCUUUCUUUCUUUCUUUCUUUCUUUUUUUCUUUCUUUCUCUCUUCUGAAUUUUUUUCAUUUUGUCUUCCUUUAUUCCAUUUUUCUGAUCGAUUUCUCGAAUCUUCUUUCUUAUUUAUUUUUUUUCUUUUUAUGUCUCCAAAAAUUACCUUUCUGUCUUUUUUAUCAUUUUUGUCUAAUCGAAUUCUUUCUUUCUUUCUUUCUUUCUUUCUUUCUUUCUUUCUUUCUUUCUUUCUUUCUUUGUCCCCGACAUUUAUAUUUCUGCCUUUCUUUAUUCUUUCUAUCUAAUCGAUUUUUCCUUUCUUUCUUUUUUCGCGAUUAUUUUCUUUUUUAUUAUGUCCUUGAAUUUCUAUCUUUAUUUAUUCCUUCUCUCUGGUCGUUGUCUUGCACUUUCUUUCUUUCAUUCCACAUUUUCCAGUAUUUACCUUUCAUUUUUCUAUCCAUUCUCUCUUAA